CCACGCCCACCGCGCACGGGCUCAGACCCUUCUCGUUGCCAAUUCUUGAGGCAUGAUUUGAAUUGCUGGGGCCAUCUCGGUUGGAAUGACAGCUCUUUGGUCUGCCCAGACGCAACCAUCAUCACGCAACCCCCCGAAACACACCCCGCAAAAGCCCAGCCAGCACACUCCCGCGCCGCCCUACCUGCUCCCUCGCUCCCUCCACCCACGCCUAGCUGCACCCCCUCACGCUCUCGAGCGCAAUCAUGAGCAGCGCAACCCCUGCCAAAUCCAAACAUGAUGAUGCGGCGAGCAGCACCCUGACGCUAGCCGACUACAUCCUAGAGCGCCUCAGCUCUCUAGGAUGCAGCUCGAUACAAGGAGUGCCGGGCGACUUUAGCAUGCCCUUUUUGGAUGCCGUUUCGCAGCAUGCUUCUUUCGAGUGGGUUGGCAAUACGAACGAAUUGAAUGCUGCUUAUAGUGCGGAUGGAUAUGCUAGGUGUGCUCAGAUCGAGUCGAGAUGUAGCGACGAGGGGCAGGCAGCAGCACUAGGAGGAGGGGGAGGUGUCGAGCAGGAGGAGGAGGAGGAGAACGUUAGCAAGUUGAGAGCGCCAACAUGGACAUCUUCGGAGCAGAGCGGCAGCGGCGGCGGACGAAAAAAGAGUCCGAACAGGAGACCGCGCGGAAGCAAGAUUGCGGCGCUGUGCACCACGUUUGGCGUGGGCGAAUUGUCGGCGCUGAACGGCAUUGCCGGUUCCUACGCCGAGAGGUUGCCCGUGCUGCACAUCGUCGGCGUACCCUCCACGCAAGCCCAGUCCAACAAGGCGCUCCUGCACCACACGCUGGGCGAUGGCGAUUUCGCAGCUUUUUCGCAAAUGUCCAAACACGUAUCUUGCGCCGUGGUGCAUUUGGGCGAGCUGCUUGUUGGAGAGGGACAGAUAGAGGAGGAGGGGGAUGAGGAGAGCAGCAGCAGAGGCAAGAUGCUUGCAAAGGAGGUGGAUGCGUUGUUGGCCAGGGUGGUGAGGGAAGCCAGACCGGGUUACUUGGCCCUACCCACCGACCUGGUGCAUCUGCCCAUCCCCACCUCUCUUCUUCGCGCACCCCUCCACACAUCCCACGCGCCCAACGAGGAGAGCGUGGAAGCGGAAGUGUUGCGAGAAAUCUUCAAGAGGUUGGAUGAGAGCAGGAACCCUUUGAUCAUUGUGGACGCUUGCACCAUACGUCAUGCGGCCAUCAACGCCACGCUGGACCUGGUGCAUCGCAGCGGCUGCACCUUUGUCAGCACGCCCAUGGGCAAAUCCGCCUUGCCAGAAUCAUCGCCUCAGUACGCCGGCACGUUUAUAGGACCCAACUCUGAACCCGCUCUGCUCCAAAGGGUGCAGAAAUCGGACUGCUACUUGUUCGUGGGUGCGCUCAGAAGCGACUUUAAUACGGCCAGCUCCUUCAACAGCUUGACGGAUCAAGCCAAGACGAUCGAGCUGCACAGCAAUAGGACGGUGCUGGGACAUGCAGUGUAUCCGGGCAUAUCCAUGCACGCCCUGCUCCCUCGUCUAGCCGAUCAUCUAUCUGCUCGAGCCAACGAAUUGCGCGGGUUGUACGGUCUAUCGGAGCAGGAGAGACCUAGCAAUAGGCUUCCUACCAAACUGCAAGAAGGCGAAAUGGCCGGACAGGAGGGAGAGAAUAUAAGCCAAAUGUGGCUUUGGAAACGCAUCGGUUCCUUUUUGAAGGAGGCGGAUCAAGUCGUUGCAGAGACGGGAACUAGCAGCUUUGGCAUUCUGGAUACGCACUUGCCUGGUGGGCGUACGCGACUUCACAGUCAGGUCUUGUGGGGCUCCAUAGGCUGGUCUCUGCCCGCCACGCUUGGCGUAUCCUUAGCUGCGAGGGAGCUUCACCUCGGUCGCACGCUGCUCUUCAUCGGCGACGGUUCGCUGCAGCUGACAGCGACAGAGAUCAGCACCAUGAUCCGAUUGGACUUGCAUCCCAUCCUCUUCGUUUUGCGCAACGAUGGCUACGAGAUAGAGAGGCAGAUCGAAGGUCCGGAUCAGGCUUACAACAAUGUGCCUAGUUGGAACAAUGAGAAAUUGUUGCAGGCGCUGUACGAUCCCAGCGUUAGGCAGAGCAUGGGCGGAAAGGAGAAGGAAGCGCAAAGGAGCCAUGCGCACGACAAGGAGGUGCCUGUGCCCAGAUACUUUGCGGUCAAGAGCAAAAAGGAACUCGACGACUUGCUGAAGGAUGAGGAGUUUGCUAGUUGCAAGCGCUUGCAAUUGGUAGAGAUCUUUAUGCGCCGAGGCGAUGCUCCCAGAGCUCUUGUCGCUCAAGCACAAGCUUCAGCAAAGCUUAACUCGUAAGGGGUCACUCGGACCUUCCCCAUGCCCCUCUCUACGCAAGCGAUGCGCACCGCGCAAGCACGUCUCAAAAGCAUCGCGUCGCGAGUUCGAUAAGAAAGAUAUUGAAAAGCUCGCAGGUACAAUUGAAUCAAGGAAGAGUUUUCGAAAAGGUAGAGGAGUUUGACGCGUGUGUGGAGAGAAAGUCACGUGGGAGCUGACGUGCGUGGUGUGUGAUGUGU